UUUCGCGCCAUCUUACUCGUUUGUCAAGAACAAAACAAUAUUUGUUUACAGUUUUGCUGAUAGUGCUUAAAAGGUAUAGAAUAUGAAUGAUGUAUCCCUGGCAGGAACAGUGUCUACAACAGUUCCAGAAUGAAAACAGACCACAAACGAGGGUUAGUCCCUCAGACCCAAGGACCAGGGUUAAUCCACAAGUUUUCUCAAGCUCUGUACCUGGUGAUGUUAGAAUGAGGAAUCCAAUGAUGAUGCAUAAUCUGCUUCAAGAAAUGAGGAACAUGUACCAGUCAGGCAUGGUUGGUUCAACAAGCAUUGCACAACAUGGAUUACAGAACAGAGCUCCUCCACCAUUAUACAACAGUAUGACCAGAACAAACACAGCCCCACAAUUAAGAGGACCACCGCCAUUGUUAAAUGUUUCAACAUUAAGACAGCCACCACCUGCUCAUUCCAAUAAACGACAACCACCACCUGCUCAUUCAAACCAACCAAGUUAUAUGGUGCAUCAUAACAUUAACCAAAUCAGACCUAACAUACCCCUCCGACACACCAGUGGAGAAACAAUAAGAUUGACAAAUCCAUUUGAAAAUGAGAUAAAUGUUCCUUGUACAAGAACUUCACCUCAUCUAUCACCAGAUAUGUUCAUAUCUCAAGCUGGAAAUAUAUCUACUCAAAUGUCUGCUCAAAGCAUUAAUUCUACUUUACCUUCAAAUGUGAACAGUAACAAUGUGUCUCAGCGGUUAGUUUCACAACAAUCAAACCUAGAUCCAAGGCUGUUUCACUCAUCAUUGUAUCAUCACCAUCUAUUCCCUCCAUUGGGGUACAUACCUCCAAACUUGCCUGAAAAUAGUCUAGUCCCAAAUAUGAUGCCAAGAAUGCCACCACAAAAUCCAUACACAGAAUUCAACAUUCCUCGACCCCAGUUUAUGAGCAAUCAGGAUCCACCAUUUAUCAAUCAAACAGAACCAACAGAGGCCUCAGAUAAAUCUGUGAUGGGAAGAUGGUAUAAACUCCCCAUCACAGAUUUGGUUUCUGAAAAGAAAGACCUGAUAGAGGAAGAAAAAGAACGUAUUCAUAGACCAUCCAAGCCAAUAUCUCAUUCUAGCUUGGAAAAUGUGGUUAAUAAGCUUGUUAAGAGACAUGAAACUGUUUCUCCGAUUUCAUCUGUUGCCUCUCAAUUCCCAGUAUCAAGAGAAGACGCUAUAUAUGGUCCAUUGACAGGUAAUGUCUUGUUACCUCCUUCACCAAAGGAACAACACAAAGGUCAAUCAGUUGACACAAUAAGCCAUGAAGGUCAGUCAGUUGACACAAUAAGCCAUGAAGGUCAGUCAGUUGACACAAUACGACCUGAAGGUCAGUUAGUUGACACAAUAAGACCUGAAGGUCAGUCAGUUGACACUUUAAAAUGCCAAGAUAUUUGUUCUGAUGUAAUUGCUUCUGAAAAUUCUAAAACAGAAGAAGGAACAGAUAGUCACCCUAUCCAAAAAAACAAAGAGGAAAUAUUUGAUGAUAUUGGAUUAUACAUAGUGAACACUUACAGUCUAGCCAGCAAUGAUGUCAGUUCUAAAACAGAAAACAACCUUGAGAAUACCCAGUCAGCAGAACAGAAUCAACCAACUCAAAAGAGAAUACCACCACUGAAAAUUAAGCUGCCUUUUAGAAAGAGCCCAAAGAAAAAGAGAUUUGGUAAUUCAAGGAAAUCAAAAUUUGUCAGUCCUAUUAAAUUGGUUCUCAACAAAAAUGGCAAAAAACAAAUAGAAAUUAGGAAACCAAAAGCAUUUAUGUUUGAUCAGUCUAAUUCUAGUGAAAGUAUAGCUAGUAGCUCUACAACAAAUGCUAUUGACGAGAAUGUUGGUAACAAUUCAAUAUCUUCAACACUGAAUCCAAGUGAUAGUGGAAAAUCAUUAGGUGAUGUUGUUGAAAAAGUGAAACAGAAAAGGCAGAGAAGGAGGUCAGCAGUAUUGAUCGAUCAAAUGGGAAAAGUUCUAAGUUCUGAAGAAAAUGUACAAGUGAAAACGACAGAAAAAACAGAAACUGUUAUUGAAAAUAAUAAGCAGGAUAAGGAAGAGUCUGAAAAUGCUGAAAAUGUUAUUUCUGGUAGUGAAAACAUUGAUGUACCAAUGCUAUCAUCCUCUGAAAACAUAGUAUCUAGUGAACAAAUCGCACCUCCCUUGAAAGAACCAAAAAAAUCAGACAGUUUAAGCAGGGAAGAAAGAAAUAGAGAAUUAAUUGAAAAGAAUUGGGUUCACAUUGAAGCAAAACUAAAAUUAGUAGAAAAAAAUCUAAAGAACAAAAGUCCACAAAAGAAGCAACCAUUGCCAUUAGAAUCUAAGACUGUUGAGAAAACACCAAGUUUGAAAAGGAAAUCAGUUGAAAUGAAACCCGAUAAUAGUAAUAAUGAACCUGUUUCUAAGAAAAAGUCUCCACUGAAAGAAAAAUUGUUCAAGUCACCUUCAAAAAAGAUCAAAAGUCCCAGAAGUACUAAAUCUCCAAACAAAAAUGCAAAACAAGACAAGGUUACUCAAUCUAGCUUAACAUGCUCAAGAGAAAGUUCUAAAUCUGAAGAGGGAAGUUCGACACCAAAAUCAGGAAGAGGCAAAAAGGGAGGUAAAUCUAAAAAGGAAAGCCCUAAAAAAGACAAUAACAUCUCAGUUGACAUUAGUGGGAAUCCUAGUAAAAGACGUAAAUUAAGUGGCACAGUAGACAAAAGAUUGUCUGAUUCAAAACUUUCUCCCACAUCUGCCUCUCUUCAAUCUUCUAGUUCUGUUGAGGAAAAAUUAUCUUCUGGUGAUGUGAUAGUUGUUGGAGAAGAUAGAAUAAGUGGUAUUCCAAAUGAACAAACACAGGAUAUAACUGAGUUAAUUUCAUCUAUAACUUAUCCAUCAUUUUUCAUUACUUUUCAUGGUAAAAGAGUUUUAUGUCUAAAUUCCUCUUCUGGCAAACUAUUAUUAAUGAGAGAAAUUUUAAGAAGGAAUUUUAAAGAUGUUGUAAAUAAGAACUCACAACAUGAUACAGACAUGCAGAAGCAAUUUAAAACUGUUUAUUUGGCAAAGGAAAGAGACUUGAAAAUCUGUUACAAUGAAAUCCCAGAGGAGCAUAAAAACUUAGCUGUCAAAUAUUUAAAAGCCGAAAAAUUGUUGAAAACACAGAAAAUGCCAGCACAUCUAGGUGUGAUAACUCUUGAAAAUGCUUUAAGAUUGUACCAUUAUAUGAAUGGUACAAAAACUUGUUCAAUGAACUGUUUAGAAAUGUGGUCCCCAAAGGAAUCAAACAAUAUACCAGGAAACUCAGAUGAAGGAUCCGUGGAUCCACUUUCUGUUCCUAACAACACCAAUAAAUCAAAAGAAUUUAAAAGCAGAGGCAGAAAAAACAACAGUGGGUAUGAUAGCGACGAAACCAUAAUUUAUGAAGAUCAAAGUGGGCCACCAUCCCAAAAUCAAAACACAGACGAAGAAAAUAAUGACAGCAGUAGAUUAGUGUUACGGGGAGGGGUGGCAGAAUGCUACCAGGCAUACUUUAGGUAUAUUGUUGUGGAAGGUGAAAAGUUUUAUCCAUACGAGGACUUAUUGUUAAAAUUUGGCAAAAUAGCCUUAACACGUGCAUUACAGAGUAAACUUCCAGAAAAGUUUCUGGCUUAUAAAUGUAGUGAGGUUGAGGCAGAUUUCCUAAAUAAAUUGGAGGACUUAUUACCAACUUUAAGUAUAGAAGCAACUCUGUUAGAGGAAUCACUAUUUCAAAAAGUGGCAAGUACUGUAGAAAGUAGUAACAUACAUGGUGAAGUGGUUGAUUUAACAGUUGAUGACAUGGCAAAUGAAUCUAGAAUGGACAAUGAUGAUAUUAAUCUAUCUCAAGAUGAUUCUAUUAUCGAAAUCAGUUUUAAUUCACCGCAAUCUCCUCCACAGUGUGAAGAAACAAAACAUAUCAUCUGUAAUGAAAUUGCUGAAAAUAAUGUAGAACCUACAAGCGUUGAUACUCCAACUGAAAUUCCACAACUUUAUCAAAGUCCUCCAACAGAAGACACAUGUCUACAAAGUACAGACAUAAAACUUAAUCAAACUGAAAAAGCUGUUUGUGAUUCCACAACAGAUGGUUCUCAUACAAUUGAGGAAAAUAACAAUGAUGGCAAUUCAUCAAGUGUGAUAAUCGGGAACAAUGACUUAGCUGCUAUGUUAGCUGAACUUGAAAGUGAAUUUGGCAGUUCUUCUGAUAAUGGAAUAGCAACAGAUAUCUCUGCUGGAUCUGCUCUUCAGUUUAUGACAGAGUCGUUUAGUAAUUCCAGAAAUAUGAUUGAGACAUUGCUGAAUAUUUGGAAACAUGGUGUGUGUGGUAGAUAUACUAAGUUAUCUGCAUUGCAAGCAGAAAUGAAUGAUUUGAAAACUGGAACCAACAAGGUUUUGUCUACAUGUGAAAAGUAUCAAGGGCUGAUAAACAAAAUUAAAGAGAAUAUAGAAGGGAAAAAAGAAAAUUGAGCUGGUGAUAAAGUAUAGGCCUAGCGAAGUAGAAGAGCUGUUAACACAUAACAUGUGAGAGACAUUCCAAUAUCAACAGUAUUAUCAAACUCUCUAUUAUACAUUUCAUUAAUCUUACCUGUAAAUUUGAAACAUGUCACUUAAGGUCAUAUGAACUGUGCAAAAUAUUUGUUUUUAGAAGAUUUUAUAAUAUCAGCAAUAAUGCAUUUUAUGGUGGGCAAUGGUGUCCAUUGUAUUUAUCUAUCAUUGCAAAUAUUUAAUUGUUUGGCAUAUUUUGUCAAGUUGAACUGUACCAUACAUUAUAAUCAUGUGCCAGAAAACGAACUUGUGUUCAUGACUUUGUAAUAUUGUGAUGUGGAAUAGGUAAAUAUGUAAUGUAAUGACAGUGUAUUAUUAAAGCAUUGAGUGUAAUGUUGUGUAUUAGGAAAGUGUGUAAAUAUAUAUAUAUAGCUAAAGUAUCAGCACAGUGUAAAAUAGGUAGUUUAAUUAGCAAAUAGUGUGACGUAGUGUAUUAGUGAAGUGUGUAAAUAUGUAAUAUAUUACCACAUAAUGUAGAAAUGUAGAAAUGUAGUGUUGUUAUCAUAUAGUGUAAAGUAGUGUAUUAGUGAAGUGUAUAAAUAUGUAUUGUAUUGUUUAAGUAUGUGCUAUAUUAGAUCAGUGUACAAAUAAGUUAGUCAAAUAAUUGUUAGAUAUUUCUGAAUUUGAAAAAAAAUUACAUUGAAAUAAUUUUGAGAUGCAUGUAAAUUGUGGGAGCAAAAAUUACUUAAAGUCUUUUUUUUUUGUUUGGUAUACACAUUAUUUGAAUUUUCGUAAAUUAUAUAUGCAUAAUUGAAUGAAAAUAAGAAAUUUUUAAGUACUUGACCAAUAAUGGUUCAAUUAAUUUGCUGGUAUUGACUAAAUGAAUAUAUUUUGUUUGGUUUUGGUUUCUGAGGUAGUAUAUAAAAGGGGAGAAAACUAUAUCAGUAUUUUUUUCAUAAAUUCCAAGGGUUCAAAGUUAAAUAUAAAAUUACCAAAAAAAUACUUUAAUGUACAAAUGUAUGAAUGAAAAUAACUUGAGUUGGGAUAGUAUUGAUUGUUUUUUAAAUGAGUUAUGAUGUAAUAUAGUGUGGUAAAUGUGUGUAGUGGUUAGUGACCUUGAGCCUCAGUUUUAGUUAGAUAUUAAUGAUAAUUAUCAAAAUAUGUGUUUACCUGUAAAUAAACUGUUUAGCUGAUGGUUUUUUUUUAUAUUAUUUCCAUAACUGAUUCAGUAUUUCUUUUAUUUUAAAUGUUGAAAUGUUUACAUGUUGAAUGUUUGAUUUUAUUUUUGUAAAAUCUGGUAUGAAGGUGAUUGUUAUUGUAAUGAAUGUUGAACAAAAAGGAUUAUGUAAAUUUGAACUUAUUUGCAUACAAUUAAUUAAGCAUUCUUUUAUGCAUUAAAGUGAAAAUUUUGGAAUUGAAGAGAGAAAAAAAGUAAUAAAGAUCAGAUAUUCAUCUAAAACUAUAAGAUAUAGGACAAAUUGAAUACCAGGCUUAUAAUUUGGUAUGCCAGAUAUGCAUUUCAUAAACAUAAAACACUAAUGGCACUCAAUUAAAAACAGUUUGAAAACCAAGUCAAAUAGGAGUAAUAUUUCAAUUGCUAGUAUUGACUUAUUUGCACAGUUAUUAACAGUAAAAUAGUGGUGUUAUUUUUUAAGCAUCUUUCAAAACCCAGUUGAAUAGGUAAUUCCAAUUUAUUUUAAUUCACAUUCAUGUCUCCAAUCACAUUCUUAUCCAUAUUUUACACAUGCAGAACAAUUUGAAUAAAGGCAUUAUAAUUUGUGCAAUCAGUAUUUAUUUUAUUAUAAAGAUACCUGCAAAUAUGAUCUCCAAUACAUUGUUUAUGUAAAAUUACCAACAGGUGCUUCCAGAUAUUAUGUUUUGCCAAAAAGUUUUAAAGAGUAAACUGCUGCCAUGUUUAUUUAUUAUUUAUUCUUUUGUACAAUCCCAUUGAUUGAUUAAUAGCUGAGCAUGUUGUGGUAUGUAUGUUUUAUAUGCAGUGAUGACUAUUAUAGUUCACUAAUUCAUUAAUUUUAUAAGUUAGUAAUAUUUGAUAUUCAUCUUUAUAGGUUGAAAAAUAUGAUUUUUUCUUUUGAUUUUCACAUUUGUUUCCUCUUUAUGUCAAUAUCAAAAAUGUUCUUUUUGGAAUGUUAUGCAUCAGUGAAAAGAAAGUUUAAAAAAUUAACUGAGUUAAAACCUUUUCAUCUUGUUCAACUGUUGCAGCCAUAUCAUGCUGUGCUAGACAUAGCCUUAAUUCUACCUCUGUGUUUAUUAUGUUGAUGUUUAUUUUAUUAUGUUUAAAUUAGUGUACCAGUGCUAUGCAAGUGCCAAAUGAAGUCCCAUAGUUUGCCAUUACUUUGUAGUUUUGUACAGAAUGUAGUUUGUAGAAUUUUUCCGCAUUUUUUAAGUUGUUCCUCAUUUUUGUAGAGGGGCGUUGGUGGCCGAGUGGUCUAAGUAGUUACUACUGUAAUCACUAGCCAGUCAACACAGAGGUUGUGAGUUCGAACCCUUCUUGUGAGGGUGCACUCGACUCCAAUCUUAAUUGACUAAGAUUGUCAGUUUUCCUAUCAAAGGUCGGUGGUUUUCUCCAGGCACUCCAGCUUCCUCCACCAAUAAAAACUGGCCGCCACGAAAUAGCCCAAAAGCGGUGCUUAAAAGUGGCAUUAAAACACCAAAAAUCAAAAAUCAAAUCAUUUUUUAGAUGAAUUUCAAACUUUUAUUAUGGAUCUUUAUUGGCUGAUGGUCACGUCAUAAUGCCAAACUAUGUUUUCUGAAAAAGGAAUCAAAUGUUUUGAAAUAUUUUUGGUUAAAUCUUAAAAGUUUCAAGAGAGUACUAGAAAACUUUCAUGUUAAUUUAACUUCAGUUAUCAGUGUGCUGUUAAUUAAACCAAUGCUUAGACGGGGUGAAAUGAUACCAUUAACUGGAUUAACCUAGUACAACAGCAUUUAUAUUUUAUACAAUUAGUCCCAUCUUUUACUCUUUAUUUGGUGCUGACUUCUAGGGGUAAAAGUUCUAUCAUUAAUCUCUUAUUACAAAUACAUACGCUUUGUACAUACAGUGUUUACGGGUCAUUUUAAAAGUUUGGUAUGUUUUCAAAGUUUUACACAUUUAGUUUUUAAAGAGGGAUCUAAGUAAACUUUAUACAUGAAAAUCAAAACUGGUUAUAAGAGCAAUAAUAAAUAUAAAAGGCAUUUAAUAAAUAUGCACUAUUCUUCAUUGUUUUGUUUUUCUUGAAUAUUUAUGGCACUGUAUUCAGUGGUGUAGGUAUUGUGCCUGUUAACAUUGUUUUUUUAUGAAUUUGUUACCAUUCAUUAGAUGAAGCUUUUUACUGUGUAGUAUGAUUCUAGAUCAAAUACUCAUUUAACCGGAUAGACAGAUAAUAGAUGAUGACAUUGUACAGUUUUUGAACAUAUUAAACAUUAAAUUUACUGGAAUUCCUGACAUUAUUUGAACAUUUUUGUAUUAAAAUUGGAAUAAUUUAUUGCAGUCUGUGGUUAAGGUUACAGUACUUUGAAUUGACCAAUCUUUUUGCAAAAAAUAUUUGCAGGACACUAUCACUUGAACUAUUAAUCAGAUAUUCACCCUUUUUAGGGGAAGAUAAUGUCACUCUUGGUGAAAAAGACCCUAUUGACUUUUAGGUCGCUAGGUCAAAUCUGUAAAGAUUGCAACUUGCCUCUGCACCCAUGAUGCUUCUAUGGUUUUAUCUUUGGAUGUAAAGCAAUAUAUUUUUGCAAACACCCAUCAAUGCUCUGCUAAAAUCGUCUUAGAGGAAUUCUGAUUUAAAUAUUGUCUACACAUGGCAAUCCAAUAAAUCACGGACAGUCAUACAUUCUUUAUAAUUUGAACUUAAUGACAAAUUUCUAACAGUUUGUACAAAUGUUUAAUGUACCAUAAUGUUUAACAUGCGUAGCAAGACAACUUUAAGAGUACCAAAUAAUGCUGAUGUAACAGAACCUGAUGAAAUAAUGAGAAUUGCUGAAAUGUAUUUUGCUUAUUUUGCAAAAUUGAAAGCUAGAAAAAUCAGCUAAAAAAACUCAGUCAUGUGAAGGAAAACAUUGCAGCUGUAUGAUGCUGUAAUUAGAAGUAAUAGAUCUUUAAAUGAUAUCAUUUUAGUAUCACCGUAAGGGUAUUUAUCUAUAACAAUUGCAGUUUUUUAUGAUUUUUGCAUUCUUGUUAUAUAUGUCCCAUUUAAAUAAAGCUGUUUAUACUUGUUA